AUGGCCACUCAAUACGAACUCGAGCACAACGUCAAGUUCGCCGAGCCUCGCCGCUCCGGCCGCCGCGUCGACAUGGCCUCCUUCUUCGCCCUCCUCAACCAGCUCGACGAGCCAUCGUCGGCAAGCCCCCACCACAACCCGCACGCGACGCCCACGCCCGUCGACACGGUCGCGCUCUUCCGGCUGCUGCAGAGCCAGCUGCAGACGCUGCACACGACGGCCCCGACGACGGACAACCGCGCCUUUCUCGAGCAGCUCAUCGCCUCGCUCGAGGACGACAUCCACGACCCGCCCACGCGGCUGCAGGGCGCCAGCCAGGAGUUUGUCGACAUGCUGGACCGGGUGGACAGGAAGAAGCUAAGCAGGGACGACGACUGCGCCAUCUGCAAGGUGCCCUAUCUCGAGGACGAGUAUUGCCUCGUCGUGGAGCUGCCGUGUCGGGGGCGGCAUCGGUUCGACUUGGAGUGCGUUGGGCCGUGGCUGAGGAGUAAGGGGACGUGUCCGAUGUGUCGCGAGGAGGUGGGCAAGAAGAAGGAGGUGCCUAUUGUGGAGGACUCGGAGGAGGAAGACGGCGAUAUGAUGUAUGCGUGA